AUGGUCAAAGGUGGGGUUUUUCAUUAUGGAGGAGGUGGAGGAAUAGGUGAGGGUGGAGGUAAUUUUGGGGGGCAUAUCGGAUUUUGGAAUAGAGGUGGUGGUCGUGCAGGUGGAGGUGGAGGAGGUGGAGGAGGCGGAGGUGGAGGGGGAUGUGGAGGAGGUGGAGGAGUGUCCUCCUUCGCGUUUAUCCGCCGGCGUCUCUCACGGCGUCGGAAGCCAGUUCCUCUUCCUUUUCUAGGCCCUCCUCUCCUCAUGAGGAAGAAAAAACCCAAAAAGAAACCUGACUCGUCCUCUCCGGGUUCGGGCUCGACCGAAUCCGCGUCCUCUUCGAGAUCUCCUAACAGCUCUCCUCUCAGAUCUGAAAUGGAAUCCCGCCCUCCGGUCUCGCCUGAGUCCUCGCCCCCGUCUAUCUCGGCCGCUGCGAAAGCUCAGCCGACUUUAGAUACGAAAAUUCCCUCAGAUCUGGUCGAGACAACAGUUUCCCAGAUCCAGCCUGAAAUCAACACUUCUGGGUUAGAAGAGCAAUCUACGGACCCGGGACUGUCAAACAACAACGACACUACUGACGUCACUCCUGAGGAGCAGGGGAAGGCGACGGAAAGUGCUCAACCCUCUGCGAACGCUACGCCAGUAGCUGACCCAGUCAACCCUGCAGCCAAAGCAAAUUUGUGGUCAGACCUAUUCAAAGGUCCUGCAAAAAAGCUUAGCAAAAAGGGUAAAGCUUUCAAUCUAGCUUCCGGAGAAGCCUGUGUUAGUAUCCCCGACACUCUGAUUGAAAAAAGCAAGAAAUCGUGGAAAUUUUUUGUGCUUGGACAGUUCUACUCCGACCCACCAUCACCAGGAACGAUUCACAACAUCGUAAAUGGGAUAUGGAGUAAGAACUACAGGGACAUCACAGUAUCAAAGAUGGAAGGAUUCUCUUUCCUCUUCAGGAUACCCAACUCGGCCACUCGUAACAGAAUUCUUACCCAUAGACUAUGGCAGAUCGAGGGUCCAACCAUGUUCGUCGGCAAAUGGGAACCAGGAGUAAUCCCGAUGAAACCGGAGCUUACCUCAGCCCCUAUCUGGCUGGAGCUAAGGAAGGUGGCCAAAGUCUUCACCAUUAUUGAUCCAAGGAAACCGUUGCCUGAAGCUGUCAACGUCAAAUUUGAUUCAGGUGAAAUCUGCAGGGUCCUUGUCUCCAGCCCAUGGAUGCCUCCCAUUUGCAGUCACUGCAAAGGAAUUGGGCAUACAAUAAAGCGUUGUAAGCUUGCUCCAGUUACAUGUGCUGAUUGUAACUCCACCGCUCGUGACUCCUCCAACUGUCCUCGAGCAAUAAACAAGCUUCCUACGAAAAAGAAGCGAGGUCGCAGCCGCUCUAAAUCUAAGGGAAAAGAACAGAGUAAAGAAUGCGGCCAGCUGGUAAUGGUGUCAGGUUCUGGUUUAACUGGGAAGCUAUUUGUAGGGGAAACAAGUGCAAAACAGAAAUGGAUUCCAAAAGUCCAGAAGGUUCCGUCUGCACAGUCAUCCGAAGUAGAAGCAGAUUCGUCUGAUGUUCCCUCUUCAGAAUCAGAGAGGUAUGACAGUUUAGAAGAAGAUUAUGAGGGUUUCACGGAAGUUCUGUCUUCUAGGCAGAAGAAGAGAUCUCGGGGCAAGAGCCCCAAACCCACAUAA